AUGUAUUCAGUUUUAACAAGAGGAAACGCAAUAUUAACCUAUACCUUAAGUGUGUUAGCAUGUUUAACAUUUUUGUGUUUUUUAUCAACAAUAACGGUGGAUUAUAGGACUACUGCACAUAUGAACGUUGUGAAAGUAGUUGUUAAGAAUGUUCCAGAUUAUGGUACCUCUAGAGAAAGAAAUGAUCUUGGUUUUUUGACAUUUGAUCUUAAGACAGAUCUGUCACACCUGUUUAACUGGAAUGUUAAGCAGUUGUUUUUGUACCUCACAGCUGAAUAUGUUACACCUAACAAUGAACUCAACCAGGUUGUACUCUGGGACAAAAUUAUCUUAAGAGGAGAAAAUGCUGUAUUAGAUUUCAAGAAUAUGAAUACUAAAUACUAUUUCUGGGAUGAUGGAAAUGGUUUAAAGGGACAUCAAAAUGUCACACUAACACUUUCAUGGAACAUUAUUCCAAAUGCUGGUCUGCUUCCAAAUAUUCAGGCCAUUGGUCAGCACUCCUUCAAAUUCCCUACAGAAUACACCCAAACAAGGGUAUGA